CCAAUUUUGGAUUGGUUAAGCGGCAUGCUUCAUCAGAUACUCUGCUUCGUCUCAAUUUACUAUUUUCUCCAGAUCCACUGGCAUGUUAAGCCCUUGCUUUCUUCUUAGUUUCAAAUUCUCUCUUUUCUUCAAGUCCUUUUGCAACAUUCAGUGAUCUUUUGGGUUUUCUGCUACGGCCUUUAGGCUUAUUCAUUCCAAAUUUUCCAGUUGAGGCUUCAGUCACUGGACAAUAAUGAACUGCUGUGGUUACACUGCUGAAGUCACCAAACUAUCCCCUAGAGCAACAGAGAAGGAUGUGCACAAUUUUUUCACAUACUCUGGUGUAAUUGAGCAUAUUGAAGUCUUCAGAUCUGAUGAAGAUGUAAAUACCGCAUAUGUGACUUUUAGGGAUGCUUAUGCUCUGGAAACUGCCUUGUUGCUGAAUGGAUCUGUGAUUGUAGAUCAACCCAUUUGCAUUUCUCGCUGGGAAGGUUCCUUAGAUGACUGUGAUAAUUGGAGUGACCAUGCGUCAAGGCCUGAAGAUAGUAUAAGUUUAUCAGAUAUUCAUAUGCAGAAAUUUGCUUCUACCCCUGGGGAGGCAGUAACCUUGGCGCAGGAGGUAGUGAAAACAAUGGUAGCCAAGGGAUAUGUGCUGGGAAAGGAUGCAUUGAUCAAGGCAAAGGAAUUUGAUGAGUCUUACCGACUAUCAUCCAGAGCAGCAGCCAGAGUUGCAGAGCUCAGCAAAAAAAUUGGGUUGACGGAUACAAUUAAUUCCAGCAUGGAAACUUUCAAAUCUGUGGACGAGAAGUACCAUGUCACCGAUAUCACCAAAUCGGCUACAACAUUUACAGGGACAGCAGCCAUAGCCUUGGCUACAGUUACAGGGAGGGCAGCAGUGGCAGCUGGUAAUGCCGUCGUCAACAGCAGUUACUUUGCAAAGGGAGCUCUCUGGGUUUCAGAUAUGUUGGAUCAUGCAGCCAAAUCUGCCGCUGACUUGAGUCAGCGCAACAAAUGAAACAUCAAAUCUGUUGUAUUCCAAGGGCGGUGUUGGGAUAAAAGUAAAUGAAUAUCUCAGGAACUUUGUGCAGUUGUCAAGUGCGUUAGCGGAUCUGUAUAAGUAAUUUAGUGCUGAUACUGGGACAGUGAUUGGGCCCCAAGCCAUUGAUCUGGUGUACAUUUUAAUGUAUUAAAACAUUGGAAUACUUGCUGACUGGGAACAAAAGAGUUGGAGGACCUCCGGUCAGCAGCUAACUUGCAAGUACUCAAGCUUCCUGUUGCCAAAUAUGUUUAUCCUCAUA